AUGGCCCCUUCAAUCUACAUCGACGAGGAUGUUGGCCUCGACGACGCCACCGCCACCGGCACUGAAUCCGCGCCCUACAAAACUCUCGUGUAUGCUUUCAUGCACCAUGAGCCCACCACUGAGGGCAUCCAAUAUCUGACUCGCAAAUCCCAAACCGAUGCGCCCGGCGAAAAUGUCGAUCCUGCUGCCAAGCUUGAGUGGAAGCCCGCUACCAAGUCGGCGUUGAAGAAGGCUACCAACCUGUGGGAGCAGCGCAAGAAGAAGGCUGCUAAGGAGCAUGAGUUGGCAAUCCGUGAGAAGGCCGAAGCUGACAAGCGCCAGAAGGUACUUGAGGAUGCAAAGAAGAUUGUCAUUACCGAGGAUGCUUCGCUGCCCAAGCCCGUCCGCAUUCGCCUGGACACCACCGACCCUGAGAUCGUGAAGCUGCGUACCCCCGAAUCCGACACCCCUGGCACCCGAGUCCGCGUGCUCGGCCGUGUGCACCGUAUGCGCGCGCAGAAGGACUAUGUCUUCCUCACCCUCGCCGAUGGCUAUGGCUACCUCCAGGUUAUCUUGACAGGUGACAUGGUCAAGACGUACGACAUUUUGACCUUGACCCUCGAGACCUCAAUUGCCAUCCACGGUGAGAUGCGCUCGGUUCCCCCAAAGCAGCACGCCCCCAACGACCGUGAGCUGCACGCGGACUUUUUCACCAUUAUCGGCCGCGCUGCUGGUGACAAGGAGGCCAUUACAAACCGUGUAUCACAGGAUGCCGACCCCCAGACUCUGCUUGAUAACCGCCACCUCGUGCUACGUGGUGAGACCUCUUCUUCGGUGAUGAAGGUACGCGCCGCAACAUUACGCGCUUUCCGAAAGUCCUUCGAGGAACAACGGAUGCUCGAGGUGACACCACCUGCCAUGGUCCAGACCCAAGUGGAGGGUGGCAGCACGCUCUUCGGGUUCGACUACUACGGCGAGAACGCCUACCUGACCCAGUCCUCCCAGCUCUACCUCGAGACCUGUCUGCCUUCGCUUGGCGAUGUAUUCUGUGUCUGCCCAUCUUUCCGUGCCGAGAAGUCUCUCACCCGCCGCCAUCUGUCGGAGUACACCCACAUUGAAGCCGAGCUGGAUUUCAUCACAUUCAAUGAUCUGCUCGAUCAUCUCGAGAACAUGAUUUGCCGCGUGAUCGAGCUUACCCUCGCGGAACCCGAGAUUGCUGGUUACAUCAACAAGCUCAACCCCGAUUUCAAGCCUCCUUCGCGACCUUUCCGUCGCAUGAAGUACUCCGACGCCAUCGAGUGGUUGCGCGAGCACGACAUUCCCAACGAGGAGGGCCAACCUCAUCAGUUCGGCGACGACAUUGCCGAGGCUGCCGAGCGCAAGAUGACCGAUAUUAUCAAUCAGCCCAUCUUCCUUACCCACUUCCCCGCCGAGAUCAAGGCUUUCUACAUGAAGAAGGACGACAGUGACCGCCGCGUUACCGAGAGUGUCGACGUGCUGAUGCCCGGCGUUGGCGAGAUUGUCGGCGGAAGUAUGAGAAUGGACGACUGGGACGAGCUUAUGAACGCUUACAAGCAUGAGGGCAUGGAUCCUAAGCCAUACUACUGGUACACCGACCAGCGCAAGUACGGUACUUCCCCCCAUGGCGGUUACGGUCUCGGCCUGGAGCGAUUCCUGGCUUGGCUGUGUGCCCGUUACACCGUUUCUAUUAGAUUUGCGGAAAUGAAAGAAUUUGAUCAAAAUGACCAGCGCCUAGCAGAAUCUGCAACCGUUGCAUAUCAAGCCUCGACUUGCGAAGGCAUGUAA